GCACUGGAACAUUUCACACUUUAAUGCUGACACAGAAAACCUUUUAUUUCGUUAUUUCCAUCCAAACAGCCUGGGAUCCGUGUCGUUGUUCUACGGAUAAUUGCGGCAAAGAUAUACGUGCCGCUUGAGUGGGCAGCCAUGGGCAGCUUCUCCAUUCGGAAGUACAGAAAGAAGGACUACGCCGCUGUGUGCCAUUUGUUUGCUGAAGGCACCAUGGAGCACUUUCCUGCUGCCUGUCUGUAUGUUCUGAAGGCACCUCGGGUCUAUGUGACACUCUUGUUAUUAUUUGCCUCCAUGUUACUGGGUACCAAGUCAUACAUACUCUCAUUUACCUGCCUGGCUGCCAUAUUGGCUGGAGGUUGGUGGGUGAUAAACUCCAAAUUUCAUAAUUAUGUUAUUGAGAUCCAGAGAGAGGACCUGCAGGACACAGAGACGACCUACAUGGUGAGGAGCAACUCCUGUUUCUGGGUGGCAGAGUCGGACGGGAAGGUUGUUGGCAUGGUGGCCGCCCAACCAUCAGAGGAGUCAGAAGAUGAGAUGGUGCUCAAGCGCCUUUGUGUUGGAAGGGACCACAGGAGGAAGGGAAUAGCCAAGGCGCUGUGCCUGAAGGUGAUUGGCUUUGCUAAAGAGUGUGGGUACAAAGCUGUGUGCCUGGAAACGGAUAUAAUACAAUACUCUGCACAGAAGCUCUACCAGCGCAUUGGCUUCCAGAAAUACCGCCUUGAGGUGCAUCAGGGCCUUUUUGGAAAAUGUCCAACCUUCUUAAGCCUCUAUUAUAAAUAUACUGUAACAAAUUCAUAGCAAACAUAACAAUAAAUGGUCUAACCCA